CGUGUACUGGCGCUGGCCCCGCCCCCUAACUCCUUAAGCACUCCCUGGGGGUAGACCUGGAGGGGGCCGGGUUGUCUGGAGAACUGGAGUCUGCCCCGCCGCUGUAGGGAAAGAGUGGGCAGCAUCUGCUCACCACCAGCAGUCCCUCUCGAUGGAAGUCCUGGAUGAAUACGACAACGAAUUCCCCCAGAAUGUGACCUUCUGCCAGCUCAUCUCCGAGGACGACUUCGAGAGGCAAGCAGCGACCUACACCGAGCGCGCGCUGCGCCGUCUCUUCCGUUCCUUGGACCGCAACCCAGCGCUGGCGGAGAGGGUUGUACGCAAGGACAAGCAGACUGAGAUCGAGCAGCGCGGGCUCCUCUCCUGCCUCUGGGCGAAGUUUGUCUGCGCUGUCCAGGGAGAACUGAACCAGUGCAACAGCAUGGGUGCCCUGGAGAUGCAUCAGCGCCUGGAGCAGCUGAAGAGGCGCAUCAACCGUGUACAUCUGUAUUCCCAGGGUGCCAAGAAGAGGAGGAGGAGGCUGAAACGAAAGAAAGAUCCUAUCCUCUUGCGAGACCAGGCAACCUCCCCGUGCCUGCUGCCAGCUCCGUUACCACCACCGCUGCCACCAACACCUGUCACCACCAUGGCCUCUGUAGUGGCCACAUCACCCUCUGUUUACACUAUGCCCAGGGUCUUCGGCCCCUUUCCUACACUAUCUGGCAAGCAGAUGGAAAAACUGGAUAUUUCAAGAUCUGAAGUGAAAUUAAACUGGAAUGGUCUUUCAUCAACUUCAAAGAGCCACAUGGUCGAUCUGACCCCCUUGGUCCUCAACCCUGGAGGCUUCCAUUUCUCAUAUUUGGCAGGAAACAGUACACACAAGCUGCAUUACCCUGGCUUCCCCUGGACAGCAGCCUGUAGUGAACCCUCCAGCACUGAUGAGACUCCAUCUCCUGUGGUGAAAGCGCCCAUCUUCACUCCGCCUGUUCUACUCAAGUUCCAGCCUGUGCCCAGACCUAAAGAUGAUCCAGAGAAUGACCCUGGCAGUGCAGAGUCCAUCCUUACCAAGAAGAGCGAGUAACCUCUUCCCUACAGACCACGCCCCAGGAAUGAAUAAAUUUCCACAGAGGCGCAUUGUAGGCGAAUUUUCCUUGUGUUUCGGCAGCCAUUCCCAAAUAACCUUUCAGAGGCUUAUUAUUAAUUAUAAAUCCUUGGUCGA